GGGACUCGAGGGGGAGAGAAAGAAAGGACAGGAGGGUGAAGGAGUAAAUGGGGGGAGAGGAGUGAGCAAAAAGUAGUGCGACCAGCUGCGGGGUGGAGGACAAGAGUGGGGCCGCGGGGGAGGGCGGAGGCUCGGGAGGUGGGUAGGAUGCCGGAGCCGCGCGCCCCGGGGGAGCCCCGAGGGCCGGGGGAGCGCCGGCCGCUGCUGGCGCGCAGGCUGCGGGGACCCCGACGGUGGCGGCGGGCGGCGGCGGCCGCGGUGCUGCUGGUGGAGAUGUUGGAGCGCGCCGCCUUCUUCGGCGUCGCGGGCAACCUCGUGCUCUACCUGAACAGCGAGAACUUCCAGUGGGCCGGCGAGCAGGCGUCGCGGGCCGCGCUCGUCUUCCUGGGCGCCUCCUACCUGCUGUCGCCCGUCGGCGGCUGGCUGGCCGACGUGUACCUGGGCCGCUUUCGCGCCAUCGUGCUCAGCCUGCUGCUCUACCUGGUCGCCUCCAGCCUGCUGCCCGCCACCGCCAUCUCCGACGGUCGCCGCUCCUUCUGCGGCGAGAUGCCCGAGUCGAAGCUGGCGCCCGCUUGCCCCUCGCCCGAAUGCAUGCGCCCCUCGCCCUCCCCCUACUGCGCGCCCACCCUCUACGUGGGCCUGCUGCUGCUCGCCCUGGCCGCCAGCUCCGUGAGGAGCAACCUCACCUCCUUCGGGGCCGACCAGGUCAUGGAUCUUGGCCGCCAUGCUAACCGCCGCUUCUUCAACUGGUUUUAUUGGAGCAUCAACGUGGGAGCUGUGCUGUCCCUGCUGGUGGUGGCCUUUAUCCAACAGAACAUCAGCUUCUUGGUGGGCUACAGCAUCCCUGUGGGCUGUGUGGGCCUGGCCUUCUUCAUCUUCCUCUUUGCCACCCCCAUCUUCAUCACCAAGCCCCCCACGGGCAGCCAAGUGUCCUCAAUGCUUAAACUUGCUCUCCAAAACUGCUGUCCCCGGCUGUGGUGCCAACGCUGUGCCAGAGACCCUCAAGGCGCCCGGCUGCUGCCUGACCAGAGGUCUCACCAGCCUGGCCCUUCCCCCCAAGAGGACAUCGCCAACUUCCGGGUGCUGGUGAAGCUCUUGCCCGUCAUGGUGACCUUGGUGCCCUACUGGAUGGUGUAUUUCCAGAUGCAGUCCACGUAUGUCCUACAAGGUCUUCAUCUCCACAUCCCAAACAUUUUUCCAGACUACCCUAGCAACAGCUCUGUAGUUCUCAGAGCCCAGGACAGCGCCUAUAAGAUCCCAGAAGCCUGGCUCCUUCUGGCUAACGUGGUGGUGGUGCUGAUCCUGGUGCCUGUGAAGGACCACCUGCUCGACCCUUUGCUGCUGCGAUGCAAGCUGCUUCCCUCAGCUCUGCAGAAGAUGGCGCUGGGGAUGUUCUUUGGUUUUGCCUCCGUCAUUGUGGCAGGAUUCCUGGAGAUGAAGCGUUUAGAGUACAUUCAUCACAACCAGACAGUGUCCCAGCAGAUCGGGCACAACGUGUACUAUGCAGCACCACUGUCCAUCUGGUGGCAGAUCCCUCAGUACCUGCUCAUCGGAAUCAGUGAGAUCUUUGCCAGCAUCCCAGGCCUGGAGUUCGCGUACUCAGAGGCCCCGCGCUCCAUGCAGGGCGCCAUCAUGGGCAUCUUCUUCUGCCUGUCGGGCGUAGGCUCGCUGUUGGGCUCCAGCCUGGUGGCCCUGCUGUCACUGCCAGGGGGCUGGUUGCACUGCCCUACGGACCAUGGGAACAUCAACAAUUGCCAGAUGGACUUGUACUUCUUCCUGCUGGCUGGUAUUCAGGCCGCCACAGCUCUCCUGUUUAUGUGGAUUGCUGGUCGCUAUGAGAGGGCAGCUCGUAACCCGGCCUCCCAAAGCAGUCUCAGCAGGGAUAGGGGCUGACAUGCCCCCAACCCCACCCCCUCAUUUCUCUCCACCAGAAAACAGACAGCGGCAGUCCCAGCUGGCGUUUCCUUCUUGGUUUAUUCUGUACCCAACCUUAGGAUGAAAUGGUUCCCAUAAAUAAGGGGCAUGAGCCCUUCCUCA